AUGGAGGGUGUGAAGGGUAACUCCGGUCAGUGUGUGUACAGCACCAGUAAAGCCGGAUUCACAUGCUCACUGGCGAAGGAAGUUGCUACCCGGAAUAUACCAGUGAACUUGGUGGCUCCAGGAUUCAUUCGGACAGAGAUGACGGCAGGGCUGGAGAAGGAAGAAGCGGUGAGAAAAAUUCCACUGGGCCGUUUUGGGGAACCUGCAGAGGUGGCUGUUCUUUUCCUCCUGGAGUCUCCUUCUAUCACAGGACAGGCUCUGCUGGUGGAUGGAGGACUACAGCUGGCAUUGUGAUGAUUUCUGCCAGUAAAGCAUGUGAGCUGACUGCAUAUUUGUGUUAUUCUGAUGCAAUAACUGUAUUUACAGACUGCGUCAAAUCUUGUGAAAUUCUCGGUGGAAUUCUGAGGUCACACGUAUCAUUGUGUAAGAGCAGUUUUGGUUCAUCUGGAUUGGAUUAAGGUUAUUUUUAGUUCACUGGAAUUUUUGGGUUAUGGCUGCAUGUUCCAUACUUGGGAUGACUGAGGUCACAGGUCAAUGCGUGGAGGAUAUGACUCGCUUUGUGUUGUCAUAGUUAUUUUCAGCAUCCACAUAAGCUGUGCUACAUUACACUUACAGAUGAGUUAAAGCCCCAAUUCAUAUAAAAAUAAUUUAAG